ACUCUCUACAUGUAAUGACAAAUCUCUUAUGGUAGGAAAUCAAUAUAUCAUUUAUUGUUCUAAUAAUGUUCCACUCCACGACCAUCACCGAAGGAGAGGAGAAAGACCUACCUUACUUCCACAAUCUAAACACGACUCCUCCUUUUGGUUUGUAUAGAUAAUCCUUUUCCAAAACAAUUAUCUUCAAAAUUGGUUUUAAUCCUAUAGUCUUUCCAUUUUUUUUUGGCACUUUGAUUAAACUAUCGCACCAAUCCAAUCGAGAAAAAAAAAAUCCUUGUUAUAUUUAAUUAAACAGUUUCCAAUUUCCAUAAACCCAAGGCUAAACCAAUUUCAAUGCUAGAAUUGGCGAUCAUUUGGAAUUGGAAGGGGAAAGAGAAUCCCAAUGCCAAUGCCAAUGCCAAUGCCAAUUUCAAUGUCACUAACACUAUCAUCGAUUCAACCAAAGCCUCACUCACUCUCUUUCCUCAACUUAUCCCUAAACCGCCACAACCACAUCCCGCCAAAACCCGCGUCCCUCCGAAUCCACAGCGCCGCCAAAGCCCAAACCCUCCAAUUCCUGAAACCCUACAUCGCGGCCCAACACAGGCCCAUCCUCUGCGGCUGGCUCUGCAGCGCCGUCUCCGUCUACUCCCUCUCCGCCCUCCUCAACAGAUUCUCCACAAUCGCCGCCCUCAGCGCCGUCGACGCCGCCCCCCUCGCCGUGCUCCUCGCCGCGCGCCUCGUCGCCAACUACGCGCAGCACGCGCUCCUCUGGGAAGCCUCGUUGAAGGCUGUGUACGAGCUCCGCGUGGACGUGUUCGACCGCGUUCUCCACAGAGAGGUGGCGUACUUCGAAGGGAACGGCGGCGUGUCCGCCGGAGACAUUGCGUACCGAAUCACCGCCGCAGCUUCCGACCUCGCCGUUACCUUGUACACUCUUCUCAACACCAUAGUACCCAGUACUCUGCAGUUGUCGGCAAUGAUGAUGCAGAUGUUAGUUAUAAGUCCUGCCCUUUCUUUGAUUUCAGCCAUGAUUAUUCCUUGCAUGCUGCUAGUUGUUACCUUUCUUGGUCAAGAACUUCGCAAGAUAUCCAAAGAGGCACAUGUUAGCAUUGCUGAUCUCUCAGCUUAUCUAAAUGAGGUGCUUCCUGCAAUUCUCUUUGUGAAAGCAAACAAUGCAGAGUCGUGUGAGAAUACCAGGUUUACGAGACUGGCUCUGAUGGACUAUUCUGCGAAGCUGAAGAAGAAAAAGAUGAAAGCAUUGAUUCCUCAGAUAAUACAAGCAAUUUAUUUUGUAGUUCUUGCCAUACUUGGUGCUGGUUCGCUGGUGAUUUCAAGAGGUUCAUUUGAUCGCUAUAGCUUGGUUUCAUUUCUGACAUCAUUACUUUUCUUGAUUCAGCCAAUUCAGGACGUAGGAAAAGCUUACAAUGAAUGGAGGCAGGGAGAACCAGCUGCUGAACGUUUGCUUGCCAUGACUAGGUUCAAAAAUAAGGUGGUUGAGAAACCAGAUGCUGUUGAUUUGGACCAUGUUACAGGGGACCUGAAAUUUUGUGAUGUCUCCUUUGGGUAUAAUAAUGACUUGCCUCUUGUUUUAAACGGAUUGAAUCUUCACAUUAGAACUGGUGAGAUAGUUGCUAUUGUGGGUCCUUCUGGUGGAGGGAAAACAACACUUGUAAAACUGUUGCUUCGGCUUUAUGAUCCUAUAUCUGGCUGUAUACUUAUUGAUAACGAUAACAUCCACAACAUUCGGUUGGCAAGUUUGAGAAGACAUGUUAGUGUUGUUUCUCAAGAUAUAACACUUUUUUCAGGUACAGUAGCUGAAAACAUUGGCUAUAGGGAUCUAACAACAAAAAUUGACAUGGAGAGGGUAAAGCAUGCAGCUCAAACUGCUAAUGCAGAUGAGUUCAUUAAAAAGCUUCCAGAAGGAUACAAAACCAAUAUUGGACCAAGGGGCUCAACUUUAAGUGGAGGCCAGAGGCAAAGGCUGGCUAUUGCAAGGGCUUUGUAUCAAGAUUCUUCUAUAUUAAUUCUGGAUGAGGCAACUUCCUCCUUGGAUAGUAAAUCUGAGUUAUUAGUGAGACAAGCUGUAGAGCGUUUGAUGCAAAAUCGUACAGUGCUUGUGAUUUCCCAUCGCUUGGAGACAGUUAUGAUGGCAAAACGAGUAUUUGUUUUGGAUAAUGGGAAGCUAAAAGAGCUGCCUCGAUCAACUAUGUUGGACAGUCAAAAGGACUCAUUGCUAUCAUCUGGGCUUGUUAUUUGAAUAUUUCCAGCAAUCACUAUUCACUGGGGCGAUAUAUGUAUAGUUUCACAUAAAUGGAUUCAAUUAUCAUAUUUAUGGUAGUCUUGAUAUUAUUCAUUUGUGUAUAGCGUGCAUUCAUUCUUUUGUAAUAUAUUUCUUUAUUUUCAUUGGAGGGUCUUAGUAUUUUAAUUUAUGCUCCCUUCUGCUUUC